AUGUCGGCCCCGCUGGUCAAGAUCUUGCACCGACUGCAGGAGCUCUUCCACAAUGUGGUGACCGCACUGGAAACCAUGAUUCUCUUCCCCUCGCUUUUCCGUGGCUUCUCACAACGGCGGCGAAAGCCCUUCCUGGGCGCGCACUGGCGCCGCCGGACCCUCGAUGAUUUCGCCGAUGAAGUCGAUACCCUCUUCAGCAAACCCUUGUCCUCCACCCGCAAGAUGGCCGACAUGUCAGAGAAGAUCCGCGCACAGUUCCGCCACUGCCUGCAGUCCAGUCCCUGCUGCAUGCUGCCUUCCUACAACCACGUCCUGCCAGCCGGCACCGAAAAGGGAACCUUCCUCGCCCUGGAUGUAGGCGGAUCGACGUUCCGCGUGGCGUUGAUUGAACUGAAUGGCCGGGACGACGCGAUGCGCAUUGUGAAGGUAGCGUCAUCGCGGAUCGACAACGUGGUCAAGUUGCUGGAAGGAACACAGUUCUUUGACUGGAUGGCCGAGCGCAUUGAUGAGAUGCUGAGGGACGUGGGCACCGACUACGGCCGCGGUGACGUGCCGCUGGCCAUGGGCCUGUCCUGGUCCUUCCCGAUUGAGCAGACCUCGGUCAACAGUGGGCUGGUGAUCCACAUGGGCAAAGGGUUCAUGUGCUCGAACGGAACUCUGGGACAAGAACUGGGCGAUCUGAUCAUCCGAUCCUGUCGCAAGCGCAGCCUCAACGUGUCGAUGGCGGCUCUGGUCAACGACAGCUCCGCGGCACUCCUUUCGCGCGCCUAUGUCGACCCUAAGACCCGCAUGUCACUGAUCUUGGGGACCGGUACCAACAUGGCUAUCCACUUCCCUGUGCAUGAAAUUGGCCGGUCCAAGUUUGGAGAGCGCCCAGGGGGCUGGUUCGACCACGCCAAGCACGUUAUCAUCAACAGCGAACUGAGCAUGUUCGGUGGCGGCGUGUUGCCCAUGACCCGGUGGGACGACAUCCUGAACCGCACCCACCUGCGUCCCGACUACCAGCCGCUCGAGUACAUGAUCACCGGCCGGUAUCUGGGCGAAAUCGUCCGCUUGAUCAUCGUUGAGGCCGUCGAAACCGCCGGUCUCUUCAGUGGCGAGCUGCCACAUUCCAUGCGCGAGACGUAUUCCUUGGAUACUAGCAUUGUCGCCUUCCUUGAAGAGGACUCAUCCGCCUCGCUUGCCGCUUCGGCCGCCCUCCUCCAGAAAGAACACACCUUUCCUUCCUAUCCCUCCGUCGAAGAUCUUCGGUUCCUGCGCCGGGUCUGCCAGCUUGUCUCACGUCGCGCCGCGGCAUACCUGGCUACAGGCAUCCACAGCAUGUGGUGUCUGCGCAACGAGGCCGAGUUCUCCACAACCCCUCCCCUCGCCUCCGAAUCCCCCAUUAAGGAGACCCCAGAAGUCACCGUGGUUGAAAGUGAAGAGGCCUCCAAUAACCUCUCCAUCGCCUGCGACGGCACCGUCAUCAACAAGUACCCGGGCUUCCGUUCUAACUGCCAGAUCUACUUGGAUCAGUUGACCGCGGAGACACACCCCGGCUGUGACGCAUCCAUCCAGCUGAACCCGGCGCCCGAAAGUGCCAUCCUAGGCGCAGCGGUGGCCGUUGCAGUCGCGGUGGCCGAGCAGCAGCAGCAAUUGGUGCCCGACCUUUAA